CCUGUUGCUUCCAUGCUUUUGUCAGCAUGACUCAGGUGCAGUGUUGUCGCAGCAAGCUGGAGGAGCACUACUGUUCAGAUGGGAUUGAAUUUGCCAGCGUGCGUGAGGAGUGUGACUCACACAUUGGUGAAAAUUCCACCUGUGAAGCUGAAUACUUUAAGAAAUGUUGUUACUGUUGUCUACUGGGAAGGACUGCCCAAGUUCAAGGCCAGAGCUGUGAACCCAACCUGAAGAUAGGAUACCAGUGUGGAAUUGUCUUCAGAGCUUGUUGUGUGAAGGGUCAAGAAGGCACAGAUGUGUCCAUCAGUGAUGAUGCUCCUAAAAAGGAACAAGUUGAAAUUUCAAAGGAGGAACUAGACCAGGAAGAUCCUUAUCUGCAUGAUGGCUGCAGAGGUGGUGGUCCCUGCUCUCAGCAGUGCAGAGACACGGGAUCCAGUUAUGUCUGCUCGUGCUUUGUUGGAUAUCAGCUUCAACCAGAUGGUGUCAACUGUGAAGAUAUUAACGAGUGUAUCACUGGGACACACAGCUGUGGGAUUGGACAAACUUGUGUUAAUACAUUAGGAUCUUUUCGUUGUCAGCGGGACACGAGCUGUGGAACUGGUUAUGAGCUAACUGAUGACAGUCGUUGCAAAGGUAUGUCCUGGGCAGAGAAACUGAUAUCUUCCAGACUUGUGUAAAAAGAAAUAAAGAGUAACCAGGUGUUUCAGUUUCAAAAUGCUAAGGUAGAUGCAGCCUUUGUCCUCAGGAAGUUUAAAUUUGUUACAGAGGGAUUCAGUUCUUAAACAAAAUAUUCUUAAGGAUGUAAAACUUGAAAAA